AUGAAGAAAGAGUGGUUAUUCCGGCACCGCUUCAAGCCUCCGUCUUUCGCCAGCUACACCACGCUCAUCCCGGUGUUAGCCGAAUGGCGUGGAGUUGAUGCCGAUAUUGAGAACCUAGUUCGGAACUGUCAUCAGUGUCAGUUAGCAGCCGAAUCUCCUUGCAAAACUGAACUGUUUUCCUGGCCUCAAGCCGAGCAUCCUUGA